AUGUCCUGUUCACAAUUCUCAUCUUUCAUCUGCCGCAUUGGCAACAAAUGCCUCCAGACUGUCGGCAUCAAAUCCAAGCCUGCUUCCAAGUCCCUCAUAAUCGUCAGUCUCAGAACAAUUUCUACUCCAAUCAAACUUUACUGACUCCCAUCACAGAGCUCACCAUACAACUUUCAAGAAGGACCAGCGGUGAACUUCCCAGGUUAUAGCCAAGACGAGUAAGCACAACAUCCAAUGUAUAUCCAUUUGGAUACCACUCUGUAUAUCCUUUCAUGAAGCUGACAUCUUAUCCUAAAUAGUAUUUCCCUGAUGAAGGAAAAAGCAAUAGCUUCUACUGCUGUUACAGACGACGGGGAAAGCGAUUUUAAUUUUCCUGCGAGAAGACCUUCAAGACCACACUCGAGAGCUGGAUCUGCGAGCUGUGGUCUUGGAAAGAGGGUGGUAUAUCACGCGAGGAGAGUUAGUAGGGGGUGUCUACAACAUAAUCAUAAUUAGUUGGUGAUGAAUACUGUUGGCAACAGAAAACGAGUAGGGGGAUAGUUGCCUUGGCCAAUACAUGGCCUUGUGCCAGUGUUGGGAAACACUGUUCUGGGACGAUACCGGGACCCUUCAUGUUGAAGGAAUUACUCUUGAAUAAUACACGGGGUUAUUAGGGGGCGCUAUCUAGAUUUGGAUUUGGGUUGGGUUUAGAUAGGGGAUGUCCUCACAGACAACUUGCACAUUUUUCUUUUAUACUUUUAAUCCAAGAGGUUGGGGAUAUUAGGUACGAGAUGGCAUGUUUGCCUCGAC